GGCACCAAAUUCAUACUUCUGGCGAAUACGUAAAUAUGUAUUCAUAAGUAUCAGCAUAUCAAUAUAUUUAUAUUUAUACCUAGGCAUGAACUUUAGUAAACAUAAUAAUAGUAAUAGUAAUAAACAUUAUCAUUAUUUUAUUUUACUAAUACCAUAUUACUAUUAUCAUUAGUAUUAUUAUUCAACCAAUCAAACAACUAGAACAAUGGAAAAUUUCAGAAUUGACUCAUUAAAACAAAACAAAACACGCACCAUUAUAGUUUGCUAAACACACAAUGACUAGGUUUCAUUCAUUAUUCAACUUCAUAAUGAGUAGUUUAUACUAAUCAAAUAAUUGAAUAGUCUAUUUAAAUGUUCUUUAUUCAAUACAAUAUUAUCAACUUGGAAUAUAAUAAUUCAAUUCAAUGAUUUCAAGGGAAUUCAAUGAUGAAUACAAGUAUACAUUAAUAACUGGAUAUUUAAUUGUAACAUUAUAAUAAUACCAUUUAUCAAAAGUUCUGACAGGAACCACCCACUACUACUACUACUACUAGUACUAGUACUAGUACUACUACUGAAAAGGACAAAAGUGAUAACUAAUAUAUAAUAAUAACUGAAAGAUUAUAACUGGUAUAAUUAAAAUGGAUUUUGUAAUUUUAAAGGUUAAUGGUCAAGAUCUUAGAAAUGCAACACAUGAACAGGCAAUUCAUGCUUUUCAAACAGCUAAAGAACCUAUUAUCGUGGAAGUCGCUCGUCGUGAUCCAAACGUUGAAUUAUCACAAAAAUCUGCUCCAAAUUCAAAUUCUGGUCCUGUAAACAGUUUAGACAAUCAGAAUAAAUGUUCUGUUGCAAUUCAAACUGAUCCAAGUACGGCUGAGGCAACUUUGGCUGCGAUGGCUGCUGCCGCAUUAACAACCGAAGAUAUACGUACUGCACUUGCAAUAAGACACUCUGGUUUACCAACGAGUUUUGAGUGCAUCUACCAUCCAGAAUUUCCUGAUCUUGUGGAUAUAGUUGAAGAAGACGAUGAUGAUGAUGAUGAUGACGAUGAUGAUGAUAUUGAUGAAGAUGACGAUGUUGAUAUCGAUGGUGAUGAUGAUGAAGUCGAUGAACAGGAUAAUAAUAAUAAUAAUAAUGAUCGAAUAAAAGAUGCUAUUACUUCAUCCAACGUGAACUGUGAUCCGAGAUCAGUUAACUGUCCAUGUUAUUCAAAUGAUAACAUAGAAUAUGAUGAAAUACCGGAUAUUCAAGAUAAAAGUAUAACAUUCCAAGAAGGAAAUGAUGGUGUCACUUGGGAUAUGAAAUUUAAUCAAUCAGAGAAUAUAUUGAUUAAAGAGGUUACAUUGUGUCGUAAAAAACCAGAUGAAAAAUUUGGUUUAACUCUUUGUUAUCGACAGGGUGAUACAUCCAAUACAAGCUGUAAUGUUUAUGUUGGUGAGUUAGAAUAUGAUAGUUUAGCUGCUCAAUGUGGACAAAUUAUUAAUGGUGAUCAAAUAUUAGGUAUCAAUGGUAAACGAAUUAAAUCAAGAGAACAUGUUAUUGAUUUAUUUCAACAAAGUAAAAAAAAGGUAACAUUAUUGAUUGCACGUGAAAAAUGUCAAACAUUAAAAGAGAAUAAUACAUUAAUCAAUAUAAAUUCAACAAUCACUAAGACAUUAAAUACAAUCCAAUCUAAUACAAUAAAAAAUGAAUCAAUCAAUGAAUUUUAUACAAAUAAUGAAUUAUCUAUAUCAACUAUCAAUAAGAAUUGUACAGAUUAUCCUGUUUAUAAACGACCUGAUCAAGAUUCUGGUAUGGGUAGAACAACUGAUGAAAGUGCACGUACAGAAGAAAGUUCAGAACAAGAAAUUGAUAAUGAUCAACAUCACCACCAUCAUCAAUACCAACAACAACAACGUACCAAUUUUAUUCAUGGAUUGGCACAAAUAACUAAAUUAACAUGUGAUAAUGAUCAAUUAAACAAUAUCUCAUCUGGUAACUCAUUAUCACAAGAUGCUACAUCAUUAGAUCAUAGACUAACAAUUCCAUCAGAUGUAUUCAGUGAUUACGAUUCAAUUGAUCCAAUCGAUCAAGAACUUGUGCAACUUGGACGUUUAAUGCAAUCAUUAGCAGUACAUUGUAGACAAUUAGUACAAGCUAAAUUGCAAUAUAAUAGAAUACAAUAUCCGUUAUCUAUUGUUGGUAAUUGUGCUAGUCAAUAUGAAGGAAAUGAUUCUAUUGUACAACCAAAACCAAUGUCAACGAAGAUGAUAACAUCAACGACAGAUUCAGGGAUCAAUUCAUCAUCCAUUCCAACAGCAACAACAACAACGUCAUCCUCAUCAUUGUUAUCGUCAAAAAUAUCAAAUCGACCAACAGAAAAUUGUUAUUAUUCAACUGGAAAUAAUAACUUACAAAAUACUAAAUGUAUAAUUAAUAAAUCUAAUGAAGGAAUUUCAAAUGGAUCACCAUUAUUAUCUACCAAAGAUAAUAGUCAUAAUAUGUCAACUAGAUUACCACGAAUGGGAACUCGAAUGGAACCAUCAAUAAUGGGUUCAAUUAGUUCAAAUGAUUCCAGUGGUUCAUUUCAUGAUAAAAAUUUAAAAAUGUCAGCAAUCACAACAACUGGAAAAUUAUCCCAUAGUCGAUUCCCGUCAAAUAUUAGAGAUCGUCCAGUUUCAUCUGAACGUCAUGAAUCACAGGCUCAACAUCAACAACAAACUACAUAUUGUCCUGAUUCUAAUUCUAAAUUAAUCGAACCUCAUUCAAUUUAUCCAGAUAAUUUAGAACAAAGUAGAUUAAAUGGUAGCGGAGAUACAAGUGCAUAUUGUACUAGUGAAAGUAGAAAAAGUCAAAAUGAUUCACCAAUGAAUAACACUCAUAAUUUUGCUAAUAAUAGCAGUGAGAUUAUUAACAAUAAUAAUAGUAUUAAUAAUAAUGAUCACGCUACAAGUAAUGGAAGUUUUACUGAUCAAUGUUUCCAUUGUAUUACUACUGGUGGUAAUAAUAAUGAUAAUAAUACACAAUAUCCACCGGUAACAACACUAUCUAAUAGUGAUUACCCUACAAGAACUAUAAGUAGUUUACAUUAUAACGGAAACAGUGUAGGAGAAGGUAUAGCUGCCUCAUUAUCCGACUUGGGCGGUUCCCUGUUAUCUUUGUCUGCAGUUAUUCCUGAUCCACAUCACUACCACCACCAUCGUCAUCACACUCGUCAUCAAUAUAACUCCAGUGAAGUUAAUAAUACUAAUCAUCAUAUAACACCAAACGAUUCUUUUAGUCCAUCAUCCAAUUGGUCAAUUGAUGGGAAUUCACAAUAUACUACUCAUAGUAAUAAUAAUAAUAAUCAAUAUAUUCAUCCAGAUCCAAAUAUUAAUUAUACUGAAUCAUAUUAUACAUCAAUUCGUCAAUUCAAUUCACCAGAACCAUCUACAUCAACUUCAUCAUCAUUAAUUUCUGGUAGAAAUCAUAAUAAUAAAUCAUCAAAUGAACAAUUACCAUCAACAUCAGAUAAUAAUAUUAAUCAUAAUUUAGAAGUGAAUAAUUCAUCCAAUUACAAUAAUACAAGUAUACUGAAUGAGCAAAAACGUAAUGUGAAUUUUGCAAAAGAUGUAUCUAUAAAAUCUAAUACAAAAGUUCAAAAAUCCAAUUUUUAUCAUCAUCAUCAUCAUCAUCAACAACAACAACAACAUCACCAAAAAUUACCUAAUUCUAAAUUGAUUUCUGAACAUAAUCCGGAGAAAUUUCUAAAAGAAGAAAAAUCAUCUUUAUUAAUGAAUCAAUAUAGAAAUAAACAAUUACACUUUAAUCCAUUAUAUCCUUUACCAAUAUAUUAUAAUGAAUAUUAUUAUCCAAUCAAAUAUAUAUCACCAAGGAAAUGUAUGACAACUACAUUAAAUGAACAAUUAGCAAAUCAUAAUAAUAAUAAUAGUAAUAAUAGCAAUAAUAGUAAUAGUAAUGGUAAUAAUAAUAAUAAUAGUGUAGUGACAACAAUGACAAUCACUAAGCCAAUACCAUCAAUGAAUAUUUCAAAUAAUAAAUUACAUUCAUAUGAAUUCUAUGAUAAUUUUUGUUGUUCAUUAACAAAUAAAACAAUAUUAAAUACAAAUAAACAAAAACAAUUAACAGUUCAAUCAACAACAGCAGCAACAACAACAACAGCAACAAUGGUUCAACCAUUGAAUGAAUUAAUGAAUAUGAAUAAAACAAAUAUAACAAAUGAAGAACCGAUUCUUUCAGAUAUUUACGAAACACCAUAUGCGUCUGUAACGAUACACGAUGAACCAAUCGGUGAUCAAUAUCCAAUGAAAGGUAUAUCAACAGAUCCAUGUCAUUCUAUUCCUGGACUAUCUAUGAAUAGAACAGAAGAUUGUUCUAAUCUCUUACCUAGGCCCAAUUAUCGGUCAUCUGUUCCAAUUAAUAAUAAUAAUAAUUCAUCCUAUACCCAAUGUAUUGCUGACCAUGCUGAAUUGAUUAAAAUGAAAACAGAAAAUUCAUCACACCCCAGAUUAUUCAAUCCAUAUUUAUCUUCCAUAGGCUAUUUAGACUGUAUCACUAAUAAUCCUCUAGUUUAUCCUCAUCCAGUGUACACAUCAGCAACAUGUCAUUCUAAACAAUAUCAAAAUACUGCUGUCAACGCUUCUGUCAUUACUGGUGCUGUUUCUUCCUCAUCUUCUACUGCUGCCACAUCUACUAUUACAGCUACUGGCAUGCCUCUAUCUGGACAAGUUUAUCAAAUGGAUAAUUGGAAUAUGAUGGAAUGGGUAGUUAAAAAACGUCCAGAUGGAACACGUUAUAUAACCCGACGACCAAUAAGAAGUCGAAUUCUUAAAGAACGAGCUAAACGAGUAGCUGAAGAACGAUCCGGUAUUACAACUGAUGAUGAUGCUAUGAGUGAAUUGAAAACUGGUCGUUAUUGGAAUCGUUCAGAACGUAAAAAACAAUUAGAAAAAGCUAGAGCUGAUAGAAAACGUAAACAAUUAAAUACAAUUACAAGACAAAAUUCACAAGAUCAUAAUAAUGAAUUAAAAUUAUCAUAUAAAAAUUUAUCAAAUUCUUGUUCUACCAGUAAAAAUGAUGAUACAACACUAGUUACUAUGACAACUGUGUAAAAAAAAAGAAGAGAAAGAUUUUACUGUUAACUAAUCAUUCAUUAUGUAUAGUUUUAUUUAUUUGUGUUUAUCUUAUUCAAUUUGGGAAAAAUUUUUAAGAUUAAUAAUGAGCAAAACUUAUUAUUGUGUGUAUGUAGAUAUUCAUUAGAAUGUUGACAACACCACUUUCUUUCUUUCUUCGCCUGAAUGGUAAUUUCCAUUUUUUUUAUGUGAUUGUUUACAGAUUAAAUGUAUAUGAAUAUUAUAAUUCAAAAGCAAACAAUCCAAGAUAUUAAGACUAAACUCUUCUCUUCUUAAUCUUACACUAUUCCCCCCUGCCCCUGGUUACAGUAAACAAAUGGUUAUAAAUCACAGAUACGUAUAUAUAUAUUAAUUAUACACAAGUAAAAUAUACAGACAUUCGCUUAUUAUUCACAUACUAUAAUGUUUCAUUGUAUAUACAAUUACUUAUUAUUGUAAGCAAAAAAAUAUAUAGAAAUAAUGAACAGAUAAUUUAUAUAAUAGAAAAUUGGUAAAUUUCAUUUCGCCCUCCCCCCACCUCCUCUUUAUCCAUUCAUUUAUUGAUUGUUGACAACAAAUCUAUAGGGCAUUUUUUACAAAAAGAGAAAAGAAAAGGAAACCCAUUCAAUAAAUCAAUGUUCUUUUUUUUAUUUAAAGAAUACAUGGUUUC